AUGACUAGCGAUACAAAACCACAGGCUAAAGAUUUGACACAUUUGUUAUCAAAUGAAUCCAAAGCAAGACAGACUUCACCAUUGAAAGGUAUUUUCAAAUACUACAAACAACCUGGUAUUACAUUUUUGGGAGGUGGUUUGCCCUUGUCGGAUUAUUUCCCAUUUGAAAAGGUGACUGCUGAUGUUCCCACACCUUCGUUUAGUGGUGGAAUUGGUGCACCUAUUGACGGAGAGAAUAAAACCACAAUCGAGGUCUUCAAAAGAGCUGCUGAUAACAUUCCGGAUCAAAUUGAGUUGGCAAGAAGUUUACAAUAUGGUAGCACUUUUGGUCUGCCUGAGUUUCUUCAGUUCAUUAGAGAACAUACCGACAUGGUCCAUAAAGUUCCUUAUGAGAAUUGGGAUGUGGUUGUUUCGGUAGGAAACACUGAAGCUUGGGAUAGCACUUUGAGAACCUUUUGUAGUAAAGGGGAUUCCAUCUUGGUAGAAGAAUACACUUUUUCCUCGGCUCUUGAAUCUGCCAAUGGACAAGGUGUCAAUACUGUUCCAGUUACGAUGGAUGAAUUUGGUAUAAUUCCGGAGAAAUUAGAGGAAUUAAUGAGUCGCUGGGUCGGCAACAAACCCAAAUUCUUGUAUACAAUUUGUACGGGGCAAAACCCUACUGGUUCUUCAUUAAGUGCGGAAAGAAGGAAACAAAUCUAUGACAUUGCCUGUAAAUACGACUUUUUAAUUAUUGAGGAUGAGCCUUACUACUUUUUGCAGAUGGAACCAUACACUAAGGACAAGGCAGCAAGAGAAGGUAAGGCUGUUCAUGAUCACGAUGAAUUUUUAAAAGCAUUGGUUCCUUCUUUUAUUUCCCUUGAUGUUGAGGGUAGAGUUGUGAGAUUGGAUUCGUUUUCAAAAGUCCUUGCUCCUGGGUUGAGAUUGGGUUGGAUUGUUGCUCAAAAGGACUUGUUGGAGAGAUAUGUUCGUUUGCAUGAAGUGUCUGUGCAAAAUCCAUCUGGGUUUUCGGAGACCUUGGCCAAUGCAUUGUUGCGCAAAUGGGGACAUUCUGGUUACUUGGAUUGGCUUAUUGGUUUAAGGGCAGAGUAUACUCACAAACGAGAUGUUGCAAUUGAUGCCUUGGAUGAAUUCGUUCCAAAAGAAGUUUCGUCUUUUAACCCACCAGUAGCAGGUAUGUUUUUCACUGUCACACUUGAUGCAUCCAAACAUCCAAAGUAUAAAGAGUUUUUAGAAGAUCCCUUGAAAGUUGAAGCUGCAGUACACGAGCAAGCAAUUAAGCAAGGAUGUUUAUUGGCUCCAGGGUCAUGGUUCAAAGCAGAGGGCCAGUCAUCUCCUCCUCAAAAGAAUUUGCCAGCAAACCCAUCACACAAAACCCACAUAUUUUUCAGAGGUACUUAUGCUGCAGUUCCUUUGGAUCAGUUGGUUGUAGGUUUAGAGAAGUUUGGUAAGGCUGUCAGAAUCGAGUUUGGAUUGUAA